GUUUUUUUUUUUUAAAUCGAUUUAUUAUUUGCUGAAUCACUUAAUCUGUGAAUUCGUUGAAUGUUUAUUGAAUUUUGUGAUCUGGUGAUCGAGGAAAGUUCGCGUUAAUCGGAUAGUGAUAAUGUGUGUUGUACGGUUGAUCGAGUAACGGAUUUUGCGUAUGCGUAUUAUGCAUGUUGAUUUGUGUUGCUGGAAUUCGGUGACCUAAUCAGUUGAGUGUUGUUGAAUUUUAACUGUUUUUGAGGCUGAUAGAACAUGUGUGCUCUGAGUACUAGUUAGUGUAACGGUUUUUAACAUUUAUAACAAUGGGUCAUGAAGUUCAGUAUAUAUUGGAAUCCAAACGAUUAGUAUGGCUGGUGGCAGUGGUAUUUGCCGUCGUUAUAAUGUUCCAGUACUUCGAAUUUCCGUACGGAAACGUUGCAUCUUCCAUGUUUUCAAUGGGUCAGGCCCAGCCAUCAGCGGGUCAAACCGGUCAAACCAAUAAAACCAAAGCUUCAGCCGAAAGCCCCAAAUCAUCCGGCAACAUUACCAUUUUUAACGUCUCUAAUCACACAACGCCUGUUGAUACACUCGGUAAGGGUAAUAAUAUCGGCAUUGAAUACAGUAUUCCGUCGAAUGAUUCAACGACGGCCAGUCCACCACCAAGUUCAUCAGCUUCUUUAACGCCUCCAACAAUAGUCAAUAUCACGGUAAUCUCGCCCUCAACGGCUUUGGAUAACAACACGUCUAAACCAGAAGUAAAUGCGUCGAAUUUAGACCCUGGUGACAGGAAGCCGGCAACAUCGGAGAACAAUCCUGCCAUGUCAGCUGGUGAGUCACCAGUGAAGCAAGUUCCUCCAGUGAAAGCGGUUCAUAAGAGGCCGAUUGGGGACAUAGUGACACUCGCUGAUAUGCAUGACAUUUUAAGUGAUAAUCGUGCUUCAGUUCGUUCAAUGAAACCACUAUGGUCUUCAACGGUUGAUCAAGAACUAUUAGACGCAAAACAACAAAUCGAGAACGCUCCAGUACUAAACCACAAUGACCGUGCGCUAUACCCUCCAUUGUACCGUAACGUUUCAAGAUUUAAGAGGAGUUAUGAGCUAAUGGAAAAGAUUCUAAAGGUUUACGUAUACAAAGAGGGUGAAAAGCCGAUAUUCCACCAGCCGCAAGCAGUGCUUAGUGGGAUCUAUGCAUCGGAGGGAUGGUUCAUGAAACAUAUGAAGGAAAACAAACAUUUUGUUACUAAUAACCCGAAACAAGCGCAUUUGUUUUACCUUCCGUUUAGCUCUAGAAUGUUGGAGGAAAAGUUAUACGUGACCGGAUCUGGCAGUCGUGACAACUUGGUGCAGCGUUUGAAGGAUUACGUUCAGCUGAUUGCUGGUAGAUAUGAUUCGUGGAAUAGGACCGGUGGGUCUGAUCAUUUCCUCGUUGCUUGCCAUGAUUGGGCUACGGACGAGACAAGAAAAUCUAUGAACAGUUGCAUACGUGCUCUAUGCAAUUCGGAUGUCGGUAGAGAACAUUUCGAAUUAGGAAAAGACGUAUCUCUCGCCGAAACAUACGUUCGCUCACCUCAAAACCCGUUACGCGAACUUGGCGGCAAACCCCCUUCCCAACGCUCGAUUCUCGCUUUCUUUGCGGGCCAAAUGCAUGGCGAUGUCCGCCCGAUCCUCUUAAAACAUUGGGAAAACAAAGAUCCCGACAUGAAAAUCUUCCGAAAGCUUCCGAGUUCUAAAGGCAACAAAAACUAUAUCAAUUACAUGAAGACUAGCAAGUAUUGUAUAUGUGCUAAAGGUUAUGAAGUAAACAGUCCAAGAGUUGUGGAGGCCAUUUUUCACGAAUGCGUUCCGGUUAUAAUAUCCGACAACUUCGUACCCCCGUUUUUCGAGAUUUUGAACUGGGAGGCGUUUGCGGUUUUUGUUCUGGAGAAGGAUAUCCCGAAUUUGAAGAAUAUUCUUUUAUCGAUAUCGAACCGGAGGUAUUUGGUGAUGCAACAGAGAGUUAAGAAGGUGCAACAACAUUUUCUAUGGCAUGUUAAGCCUGUGAAGUAUGAUAUAUUUCAUAUGAUAUUGCAUUCAGUAUGGUAUAAUAGAGUUUUUAGAGUAUAACUAGUUAGGGUUUUAUCUUUGAGCAUAUUUGACUUGUGAAUAGAUUUGUCAUUUGUUGACUUCCAAUAAGAUGUUUUAUCAUUUUAUAUGAAAUUAAUUAUAAAUCA